GCGCGGGAGGCGCAGCAGCAGGGGCAACAGCAGGGACAGCGGCAGCAGCAGCAGCAGGGGCAGCAGCAGCAGCAGCAGCAGCAGCAGCAGCAGCAGCAAGAGCUGCAGUGGCGGCGCUGGUGGCACUGGGACGAUGCGCUGCGGCUGGGCGCGUGGCCGCUGCUGCGGGCAGGGGGCGGCGGCGGCGGCGGUGGCGACGCGGCCCUUUCUUGA